AUGGUUUCAAAGAAAUCUGUUUUGCUUGGAAUUCAGUUCUUAUUAGGCAUCAAAGAAUUCACAGUUUGGAAAAAACCUUAUGAAUGUGAUGAGUGUGGAAAAACCUUCAGUGUGUGUUCAGUCCUUUUUCUACAUCAGAGAAUUCAUACUGGGAAGAAAUUCUAUCCAUGUAAUUGUUGUAGUAAAAGUUUUAGUCAGAGCUCUGACCUUAUCAAACAUCAAAGAAUUCAUUCUGGUGAGAAACCUUAUAGAUGUGAAGAGUUUGGGAAAGCCUUCUGCCAGAGCUCAGAUCUUAUUCUACACCAGAGAAUUCACACUGGAGAAAAAUCUUAUCAUUGUGACCAAUGCAGUAAAAGUUUCAGUUGGCGCUCAGAUCUUGUUAAACAUCAGAGAAUUCACACUGGGGAGAAACCCUAUCCAUGUAACCAGUGUGGCAAAGGUUUUAGCCAGAGUUCAGAUAUUAUAAAACAUCAAAGGAUUCACACUGGGGAAAAAACAUAUAAAUGUGAUGUGUGUGUAAAAGCCUUUAGUUAGAGCUCAGAUCUUAUUCAACAUCAGAGAACUCACACUGGGGAAAAACCGUAUCGAUGUAAUCAGUGUAAUAAAAGUUUUAGUCAGAACUCGGAUCUUAUUAAAUAUAUAAGGAUUCACACUGGAGAGAAACCUUAUAAAUGCAAUGAGUGUGGGAAAGCCUUUAAUCAUAGCUCUAUUCUUAUUUUACAUCAAAGAAUCCACACUGGGGAGAAACCUUAUCCGUGUAGUCAGUGUGGCAAAACCUUUCAUUGACUCUCAGACUUUAUGAAUUAUCAACGAAUUCAUACUGGGGAAAGACCUUACCCAUGUAAUCAGUGUAAUAAAAAUUUUAGUAGGCAGUCAGAUCUUAUUAAGCAUUAUAGAACCCACACUGGGGAGAAACCUUAUGAAUGUGAUGAAUGUGGGAAAACUUUCAGUCAAAGUUCUAAUCUUAUUCUGCAUCAGAGAAUCCAUACUGGAAAAAAACUCUAUUCAUGUAAUCAGUGUAGUAAAAAAUUUAGUUGUCACUCAGACCUUAUUAAACAUCAGAGAAUUCACACUAGGGAAAAACCUUAUGUGUGAAAUCACUGUGAUAAAAGUUUUAGUCAGAGCUCAGAUCUCACAAAACAUCAGCAAAUCCAUACUGGAAAAAUAUUUUAUAAAUGUAAAGAAUAUAAAGUCUUAAGUCAGAACUCAAACCUCAUUCUUCAUCAGAAGAUCCACAGUGAAGAGAAACAUUAUCAAGGUAAUCAGUGCAACAAAAGUUUUACUCAGAACUCCGAUUUUAUUAAACAUCAAAGAAUACACUCUGGAAAGAAUUCCUCCAGAUGCAUUGAAUGUGGGAAAACCUUUAUUCAAUGCUCACCUCAAUGUAGUGAAAGUUUUAGUCUGUACUCCAAUCUUAUUCAUCACCAGAAAAUCCAGGGGGAGAACCAUAUAAAUGUGAGGAAUGUGGAAAAAUCUUCAGUGUAAAUUUUUGUGUAAAUUUACUGACCAUCAGAAAAUCCACAUUGGAGUAAAAUCCCAUGAAUGUAAAAAGAGUAGCAAAAGUUUUAAUAAAUGCUCUGAUCUUACUAAUCAUAAAAAAGCCACAAUGAAAAGAAACCCUAUUAAUGUAGCCAGUAUAGAAGGCUUCAAUGUUUUUCAACACCAGAGAAUUCACACUGAAGAAUUCUAUUAAUGGCAUGUGUGGGAUACUCUUUAAUCAGAAGUCAGCCCCCAUUCUCCAUCAGUGAAUCUACAGUAGAGAGCAAUUUUAUUCAUGUAACAAAUAUAGAAAAAUUUUAGUCAGGGCUCAGAUGUUUUAUAAACAUCAAAAAAUAUAUGACAGAAAGUGAUGAAAAGGAAGGCCUUUAAACUAAAACCUAUUUAAUGUUACAAAAUUUGAAAUGGGGAGAAACUCCCAAGUAUGAUGUUAUUAUAAUAAGAGUUUUAAUCAUACAACUGAAUAUUGUGAUAUCCACAAAAUAAAAGAACCUGUGUAAGGAAUGUAGGAAAGCUCUUUGAUGAUAUUUUGCCAUUUAAAAAAAAUAUCCCACAAAUUACAAUUAAAAAAAAAAAAAAACUUUGGUAAACAUUCAGAUAUACUCUCAUCUGAGAAGGCUCAAAAAGAAAAAUCCUGAUAAUUUAAUUGAUUAAAUAGGAUUUAGUGAACAUAUACAUUCCAUUUAAUAUUGAGAAGCCAUACCGGGAUCUUGGAAAAAACUUUAAUCAAUAUUGUAUUGUGCUUGACUUUUAGUAUAGUACUUUUCUUGCUCCAAAAAAUUUUGAGAGUCCUAGCCAUAUAUGGGGAAGCCAUUCCUAUAUUCCCUUACAUGUGGACACACUAUACUUAGUUUUCAUUAUUGUGAGAGCUAUGGGAUUCAGUUUUUUCUUAGAAGUUCCUCUUUAACCAGUUUUCACAUACAUACACCCAUGAUAGUGAUAUAUGAGCAUAUGAAUCCCUAUGUGAGAGCAAAAAAUAGGAGCCACUAGAUAAUACAAUGAAGUCAGGAAGAUGAGUUCAAACACAGCGUCAGACAAAUUGUAUAACCUUGAGCAACUCAAUUAACCUAUAUUUUGCUUCAGUUUCCUUGUCUGUAAAAUGAGGGUAAUAUAGCACCUACCUCACAGGAUUGUUGUGAGGAAUAAAUAAGAUAAUAUUUGUAAAAUUCUUAGCACAGUGCCUAGCACAUUGUAGGCACUAUAUAAUGCUAGCUAUUAUUAUUAAAGAUAGAUAUUUUAAAAUCAUCUUCAGUGUAGCACAGGCACUUUAUUUUUUUAAAUAAAGUUUAUUUUUCUCUCCAUCUCUUCUCUUUCCCCAUUGGAAAAAACCCAAGUUUAAUAGAUGUGCAUAAUCAUAUAGAAUCAAUUCUCACAUUGACCAUAACUAGAAAUCUAUCUCAUUCUGAGUCUUGUGUUCAUCAUUUUUCUGACAGGAAGUGAGUAGCAUGUUUCAUACUCAAUAUUCUGGAAUCAUGAUUGAUUACAGUAUUGUUUAGACUUCUUAGAUUUUUUCAGAGGUAUUAUUCUUUUCAGAAUUGUUCUGAUUUUGAACAUUUAAUUUAAUUUAUCAUUUAAUUUUAUAUCACUUCCAGCUUUCUCAGACUGAUUUUUAUGUAGCAUAAUAGAAUUCCAUUACAUUUAUAUACCAUAAUUUGUUCAAUCAUUCUCAUGAUGGGCACCCCUUUUAGUUUUCAAUUCUUUAUCACUACAAAAAGAACUGCUACAAAUAGUUUUUGCACAUGAGUCCUUUUCUUUAUUCUUUCAUCUCUUUGGAGCCUAGUAUUGGUAUCACUAGGUCAAAGAGUAGUUUACUAACUUUUGUGGCAUAGUUCCAAAUUGCUUUCUGAAAUAACUGGACCAAUGUAUUCACCAAAAGUGCAUUGGUGUUUCUGUUUUCAGUCCCUCCAACAUUGGUCAUUUUCUUUUAUUGUUAAUAUUUGUCAAUCUGAUAAGUAUAGUAUAAAAUGUCAAAGUUGUUUUAAUUUGCAUUUCUCUAAUUAUUAGUAAUUUGGAACAUUUUUUCAUAUGAUUUGAUUGCUUGGAUUUCUUUCCUGGAAAACUACUUAUUUAUGUUAUUUGACUAUUUGUCAAUUGGGGAAUGACUCAUAAAUCUAAAUUCAGUCUUUAUAUAUUUUUUAAAUGAAACCUUUAUCAGAGAAACUUAUUUCAAAUAUUUUUCCUUAGUUAAUUGUACCUGUCUUAAUUUUAGCUAUGUUACCUUUGUAUUAAAACAUUUUAAAUUUCACAUAAUAAAAACUGUUCUCAUCCAUAAAUCCAAAAGGAAAUUACUUUUACUUCUCUAUUAUUUUUUUUUUUUUUACUAGUGACCUGCUAUAUCUAAGUCAUUUAUACUUUUGGAGCUUAUUUUAGUAUUAUGGUGGAAGGUUUUCUUCUAAAUCUAAUCUCUGCUUUUCUGUUUUCCUAAUAGGUUUUAUCAAACAGUGUGCACUCAAUUACAGUAGCUGGAUAUUUGGGAUUUUUGAGCACUAAGCUUCUAUAUUUAUUUACUUUUGUAUUUUGUGUACCUAAUAUAUUCCUCUGAUCAACUUAUUUUUUUAAAAACUAAUACCAGUUAGUUUCAGUUAUUUUAUAGUAUAGUUUGAGCUCUGGUUCUGUUAGGGCCCUAUAUUUUUCAUUAUUUCUUUUGAGAGCCUUUACCUUUUGUUCCUCCCAAUGAAUUAGCCCAGGUAUUCUAAAUACUAAAGCGUAAAACCACUUUUUUUUUAAUACUGCUGUUUUUCAGUGUUUACCAUAUUAUUGAUUGCAAAAUCUCCUCAAGGAAUGAAUAAAUGUACCAUAUUAGAGUGUGAGAUCUUGUCCAUUGCAUUUUGGAGAAUUUUUAAGGUUUUUAAUAAAUAAGGUUCACUAAAUAACUCUAGGUCUAUAUUUUAAGAAUUGAUAUGUUUAAGUUCAGAGAUACUGGCCACCAGGUUAGCUACAGGAUAAUAAACUUCCACCAUUCAUUAAGGCCAUCUAUUAAGACAAAGAGAAAUUGCAACCAGAAUUAAUGAAGGAAUGACAGGAUCACAGAUCACUGAAGCAUAAUCUUAUCCAUGGGUCUUAUAAAAAUAAUAAUUAAAGUUUUACUUUUGUGUUUAUAUCAAAUGCUCUGUUUAAAAUAAAUAUUUAAGGUUUUUUUCACCAUAUUAAUUUACCUUGUUUUUGGAAUCCUUGAAACAUUUGUGUAAACAAAUGUUUUAUGCUAUGGUGAACACUUAGCAUUAAGUAAUAAAACAAAAGUUUACAGAGGAAAAAAAUUGUAUUUUAUUCAACUUGUGUUUUAACAAUUCUUUAAGUUAGAAAUCAAUAAACAAGACAGCUACCAUACUUUAUUAAGGUUAUACAAAUGAUCAUUAGGAUUAUACAGAUGAUCCAGUUCUAUGUUUACCUUCUACUAUUAAUUUGUUUCCAGAAGUAUAAAUAUUGAAUAGAUAUUUGCUUACUAUCUAUUAUUGGCAAUUUUAAACAGAGACUGGCACAUGUACAGAGUGCCACAAAUACAACUCCCUAUGUAGAAAAUGAAAUGAAAUGGAAGUACUUUGGAGAAAUUUAGUACAUACAUAAAUAUUGUAAAACUGAUUCUGGUCAGCUAACCAUAUGGUGAAUGGAAGGCUCAUUAAUUAGCUAUGGAGACAUUCAAAAGGCUCUUCAUCUCCACUCAGAGCUCUCUUAGAUGGAUUUCUGUCUUUCAUUUGUUUGAAUCAGUGGUGACAAAAGAUGCUAUGUGGGGAGAGGCUUUAGGCUUUCUUAUGAGGGCUUUGGUCGUUUGAUUACCUCAGCAUCUGUGCUUUCAUUUUAGGUAGAGGAAAUUAUUCUGGAUGUUACAAUCUUAUGAAUUUAAAAAGAUCAGGUGGGCAAACAUCUGAAAGCUCCAGGAGUCCAGGAGACACUUGGAAAUCUGGGGUUCAGAUACUUAUUAGGUUUGCAGCCAGCUCAACACCAAUGUCCUGAGGAAAAAAUGUUGUUCAGUACCAAACCCAGGUAGAGCUAAGACAACAAGUUGAUGUGUUUGAGGUUCAGCAUCAAAUAAUAUUGAUGUUUAGACAUCAAAUGGUGGGGUUCCAUCAUUUGAUGAAUUUAAAAAGGCCAUUCUCUUUGACAAAAGGUAGAUUUAUUUGUGAGAAGAGGGUACAAACAAAAUGAAGAGAUAAAAUAGGCACCAGGAAUUGAAAAUGUGAAAUAGAUUUGGGAAAGCAUAUAGCUAAAUAGGAAAGUGGUUUUAACAAUUAACAAUACAAAAAAACAAGUUCCCUAGUGGAACUCACAAUUAACCAGGAGAAGGGAAAUACAUCAUGAAGUGGGAGUACUCCAUUGCCUGGCAAGCUAAAUCCACAGAGGAGUUAAGAGCCCUAAAAGAGUUGGUUAGUUAGGAGAAAGACACCAUGAGGCAUGGGAAGGGGGUCGGGGAGGAGAUAGAUAUCAUGAGACAGAACACCAUGGAUGGGUAACUCAAAAAGAUUCAGCAAAGAUGGCAUGGACUAUGGAUAGAUUUAUAGGGGAAAUUUAACUUCAGGGGUUUGACAUAACUUGGCUUUUUCAUUGGAUAGAGUAAGGUGAGGUUACACAAGACUUAAGGUUAAGCUGAUUCCCAUUAGUGUCCCUCCAUAAUUACCUUAGGGAGGAUUUUAUCAGUACUUCAGGCUUUCUCUGUUAACACUAGUGACCCAGGAUCACAUUAUUUCCUGACUCUUUUAAUUCGUUAAAGAAAUAUUUUGAAAAUAGUUUGGGAGGGAUGGGAGGGAAUCUAAGAGACCAAUGUUGAAAUUUUAGAGAACAAAUCUAGAGACACUUAUUAAGUAGUGUCCAGAAGCUGGGAGUGAAAUACAGUGAUCUGGGGGGAGGAGAGGAGGGGAGGAAGUGUUACAGAAAUGAACUGAAGCCAACAUUUGAUGAUACCACAAGGGUAUAAAAUUGGUUACUAGGACCCAAUAGCAAAGAUUAGCACAGGGUCAGUUUGCUCCAAUAGGGUCUACUCAAAUACAGGACAGUAUUUUAUUGGAGACUAUUCGUCCCACCAAAAAAGUCCUCCCAUACAAAUGUGGCCUCAAGUCCUUUGGAAUACAGAGUGAUAAUCCUGCUGGGAACAAGUAUAGAGCCGAGUCAACUGCAGGGUCCCAAUUUGGAGGGGUGCUGACCCUGAGAGGUGGGUCAAGAGCUGAUUGCAGCAGCAUGUAGUGAAUUCUGAGUCAGAUUCUUGAAGAUAGUUAAUACCGUUGUCUAGUACUGAUCAUUUGAAGGCGAACUGACCAAAACUUAGAGGAAAACAAACCUAACAAGCAGAAGUUAGGGACAGAAAAUGACUGGUUGAGGAGGUCUCCAAUUGGAGACAUUCUCAUUAGGGCCUUCAGAAAUGUUUAGAAAAAGUUCAUUUUACAUCCUAUAGUUGGGCACAGAGAGCUAAAGAGAGAACUCACACUUAGAGGCAGAGCCUUCAUUCUUGUGAAGUGUGAUUAAAGGGAAUAUGAUCAAGGUUCUCCACCUGAGCAUCUCUUUUAAAAGAAAACUAUGUUUUCUGCAAGGAGAGACCUUGCACUCAAGUGAUAAAAACCCAGAAGUAACAAUUAAAAGGAGAGGUGCAGGUUCCAGAAAUGUUGGUUUCCAGAGACUUCCUCCAAAAGUCUAAUUAAUAACAAAAGAUCCAUUUAAGGCUGGGAUGAAAAGAAGAAGUUGGGUGACAAGCAAAAAGAGGAUCCAAGAUCCCCAUGAUGGAAAUUGCUUUGGGGGCUGAAGUUAUAUUUAAUCCAAAAACAAUUUUCAGAAAGGGGGAUCCCACCAGAUUAACAGAAGUUUUCACAAAACCCUUCCUUAAUAGAUCUGAUGUUAUUCAGUGGCUAUGGAGAUUGAUUUGACAAUGACUUGUCAAGAAGAAGGGGUUUGAGAUAGAAAGACCUGUCUAUGGGACUUCUGGGGGCAGAAUUAAGAUAGUGGAGUGGAACGAGGAAACUUCUUGAGCUUUCCUAGUUUCUCUCAAAAACUGUAUGAAACUAAGCUUCUGAGCAGAGUCUGGAAUGACAGAGCCUCAAGGAGGUGGAAUGAAACUGUUCUCCAGAUCAAGACAAAUUGGAAGAACUUCAAGAAAAGUCAGUCUUACUGGGUAAAAAGGAUAGUCAAGCCAGCUCACACAGUUUAGGGGAAAGCCAGGGAUAAGGUCUUAAUCACAAAAAUAUCAUCAACCAAAGAUCCUUGGUCCUGGCUUGAUAGCAAAGCAGACCAGUGGGGCAGCCUCCAGUCCCAAAACAGAAGGCAAAUUGCCAACCUAAGAAACCAGGCAAUAAUAGGCAAAACUAGGUGAAGGACCCUGAGUCAAGGCUCAGAGCUGCAUGAGCACUUGAGACAGUGCUCCCUAUAUCUGAAGAGCAAAAAUUAGCCAUAAAAGGCACAAAGAAGGAAAUUUAAAAAGAGAAGGAAAGAAAAUGAACAAGAAACAGAAAGUAUCCUUAGUCAUAGAAGGCUACUAAGAUGAGAGGGAAAACCAAAACAUCAACUCAGAGAAAGACAAAAUGGGUUAAAAACAAAACACUGCUAAGGAGGGAAAGGGUAGAAAGAGAGAACAAAAGUAUAUACAGGGAAGAAAAUAAGAUAGAGGGAAAUACAGUGCUGGUAAUUGUAAUGUUCUUUGGUUUGGUUUUCCUGGGGGUCUCUGGGGCAGUCUUCCUUUCAGCAGAGCAAUCACACAAGAGUAGCCAGGUGGUUAAAGUCCAAAUCCUUUAUCAUCUCUUUCAAAGUCUUGUCUCCUUUCCUGGGUCCCACUUAACUUUCUUAAAGGCCUUCUGGAGUCUUGGUUUCAGUGGAGAAACUAAGGAGGAGAGCCUGCCACCAAGGUGGUUUGAGAUGGGACGAAUGAAUCUGAGUCCAAGGGCUUGUGCUUCAACCUCCAGUCCGCUUAUCUUCUCUAGCUCUCUCACUCUCUGAUGGAUUUCUGAGUCCCAGCUUAUAUGCUCUACACUGAAUAUAAAUCAAUGCUUAUAUCACUAGAAAACCAUUAUUUGUUGUAAGAUUAAAUCAAUCACACUGAAUUUAGAGAACUAUUAAGCACUAUGCUAAACUAGAUAACCACUGUCUCAUCAAUUCCACUGAAUUAGCACUU